AUGCGGGCUGAGCUGGUGGUGGUCUGCCUCUGGCUGACGGGGGCGGCGACUUCCUGGGCCCAGCAUGGGGGUCCGAGGCUGGAGACCUUCAGGCAGAGCAGGUCAAGAAGAGAGACUUCACGGACGGACGGUGCAGAAGGUCCCAAAACCGGAAGCCCGAUGUUCAAACGAAGCCCGGACAUGACAAAGUCUCCAAUGACAAAAUCUGAGCAGCUGCUGAGAAUAGAUGACCAUGACUUCACCAUGAGACCAGCAUUUGGAGGGCCUCCGAUCCCGGUGGGAGUCGAUGUGCAGGUGGAAAGUCUGGAUACCAUCUCGGAGGUGGACAUGGACUUCACCAUGACGCUGUACCUGCGGCACUACUGGAAAGACGAGCGCCUGGCCUUCCCCAGCACAAACAACCAGAGCAUGACCUUCGACAGCCGCCUGGUGAAGAAGAUCUGGGUGCCCGACAUGUUCUUUGUUCACUCCAAGAGGUCCUUCAUCCACGACACCACCACGGAGAACGUCAUGCUGAGAGUGUACCCCGAUGGCAACGUGCUCUACAGCCUGCGAGUGACUGUCACAGCCAUGUGUAACAUGGACCUGAGCCGGUUCCCCCUGGACACACAGACCUGCUCGCUGGAGAUAGAGAGCUACGCGUACACAGACGACGACCUCAUGCUAUACUGGAAGAAAGGGAACGAGUCGCUGGACACGGACGAACGGAUCUCUCUCUCCCAGUUCCUCAUCCAGAAGUUCCACACCACCACGAAGCUGGCCUUCUACAGCAGCACGGGCUGGUACAACCGCCUCUACAUCCACUUCACCCUGCGGCGCCACAUCUUCUUCUUCCUGCUGCAGACCUACUUCCCUGCCACCCUGAUGGUGAUGCUCUCCUGGGUGUCCUUCUGGAUCGACCGCCGCGCCGUGCCCGCCAGGGUCCCGCUAGGUAUCACCACGGUGCUCACCAUGUCCACCAUCAUCACGGGGGUCAACGCCUCCAUGCCCAGGGUCUCCUACAUCAAGGCGGUGGACAUCUACCUGUGGGUCAGCUUUGUCUUUGUCUUCCUGUCCGUCAUCGAGUACGCGGCCGUCAACUACUUGUCCACGGUGCAGGAGAGGAAGGAGAGGAAGCUGAGGGAGAGGCUGCCCUGUACCUGUGAGAUCGGCCAGCCCGACGACAUGGCCGUGGACCCCCAGAUCUCGGGCUACGGCACCAUGGACUUCAACAUGACCGGGAACUACGGCAUGCCAGAGAACGGGGGGCGCCCGGACAGGAUCCUGGCCCAGGUGGCCCUGAACCCCCAGGCCCGACCCAGAGCCAACGUCAACAUCUGGAUCGACACGCACGCCAUCGACAAGUACUCCCGCGUCCUCUUCCCUGGCGCCUACGUGCUCUUCAACAUCAUCUACUGGUCCAUCUACUCAUAG